GCCCACGAGUAUCUCGGUGAACGAGGGCCAGCAGACAGAGCUUCCGUGCAUCACCCGGCAGCCGGCUUUCAACGGGACGCACAACGUGCAGCGGGUACGCUGGUUCCACGAGCCCCACUUUCGGCUGGGCCGCGACAUCAUCUACACCGUGGACGUCGGCGGCCAGAACUCGGCCUACCCAAGUGAGCGAGGCUCCAACCCUAACCAGGUGUCGCGCUGGGUACGCAAGGAGUGGCAGGGUCGCGCCUACUUCUCCUUUAUGGGCCACCCGCACUCUCUGAAGAUCAUCAAGCUUCGCCACGAGGACAAGGGCACCUACGUUUGCUCGGUGACCUUCCGUGACGGGACCACCAGAAACGCCACUGUCUACCUGCAGGUCAUUGUGCCUCCGGAGCCACCUGUGAUCAUGGACACGCAAGGAAGCGUUCUCACCGGAAAAAUCGGUCCUUUCAACGAGAGCAGUCGACUGAGCCUCAUCUGCGAAGUCAGAGGCGAUAUUUCAUCGCUUGGGCACUGGUGUGGUUAUUCCUGGCGUCAUCGUCUUGGUGUGCUUGGCCAACCAGGUAAACCGGCCCCAACGUUGACGUGGAGGCGCAACGAUGAGCCCGUCCAUGCUAACGCCAUGACGACGGCUUCGGGUGACGUCCGGCGCUCGACGUUGACGUUGCACAACCUGCGCCGCCAGGACCUCAUGGCGGUCUACUCCUGCGUCUCCUCCAACAACGUCUCAAUCCAGGGGGAGGCCACCGUCACGCUCGACAUGAACCUGUCGCCGACGGUGGUGCAAAUACGGCGUACGGAAACGCCCAUUUCAGCUGGCCUUCCGGCCGAGAUCCUGUGCGAGGUUUGGGGAUCUCGGCCACCGCCGGAUAUCAGCUGGUGGAAGAACAGCGCCCAGCUCGAGCAGGCCUUCAUGCACGUCUCGCAGGACGGCAACCUUACUACAAGCGUGGUCGAGUUCACGCCCAGGCACAGCGACAACGGCGAGACGCUUGUGUGCCGCGCCGAGAACAAGAAGAUGCCGGGAUCGGUGAGGGAGGAUCAGUGGGACCUCAACGUGCACUACCGUCCCAAGCUACGGCUCCAGAUGGACCCGAAUCUCGGACCCGAUCGACUACAGGAAGGCAUGGACAUAAACCUCGGCUGCAGCGUGGACGCCAACCCAGGCAUAAGGGAACUUCUCUGGCAACGAGACGGCCGACCUCUCGUGCCGGCGAGAGAUGGCGUCACGGUGCAUCGCGAAGCGCUGACCAUACAGAAGGCGACGCUCAUGCAUGUCGGCAACUACACCUGCUCCGCUGCCAACAGGGAGGGCAGGGGCGUCAGCAACGUUAUACAGCUGCGACUGAAGCAUGCUCCAGUGUGCAACUCAGGCCAGCGGCUGGUGUACGCGACGCGGCUAUCAAAGAUGCUGCAAGUGUCCUGCGACGUACAGGCACAGCCACCGUCCGUCACCUUCCGCUGGCGAUUCAACAACUCGAUGCACCAGAGCUCCAGAGUGGACACGUACAGCUGGGAGGGCACACGAAGCGUGGCCCGCUACGUCGUCCGGUCGCACCAAGACUACGGCACCCUGCUGUGUUGGGCGCGAAACCAGGUCGGCGACCAGAGGCAGCCCUGCGUGUUUGUCGUCGUGCCCGCAGGUUCCGAGUUCCUAGUCUCCAACGAAGGUCUCAUAGCUAUGCUCAUCUGCCUCCUCUUCGUGCUCAUUUUAUUAGUUGUCUUCAUAUACUUCCUAAUAAAAUGGAGAAGACGGAAACUGAGCAAAGAUGAGCAGAGGUUGAGAACUGAUUCGCAAGCAAGUUGCGGUACCGGCUCGGCGCCGCCGGCCAGCAGCAACAGCCACAUGGCCGCGAGCAACAUGCACUCGAUGGGAUAUUCCAGGAGCAGCAACGGCAACAUCGCGCCCGGUGGUUUCGCGAACGGCAGCAGAUACACGGCGCCACGCUGCACGUAGCCAUCAGGUCAAAAGAAAUGAGGCGAACACGUGCUGCGAGAGGAACUGCGAAGAGACAGCGUGACUUUGUGAAGCGUUCCCAUCCCGGCGUUGAGGAAAAGUGUGGUUCAACUAAGCCUACUCACUGUGCUUCAGAGAUCUGAACUCCACAGGUCUCUGUGUGUGUCGCUAUAACGUGAACGCUGAGGACUUCCGUGCGACAGCGUUUAAGUGAGCGCCGAGAGGCCGAGAAAAACUUGACCUUUCUCAGGGAGUCGACAUGACGGCUCGAGUUGAUGGAAACCCGUGAACGAUAUGCAGUGAUCUUCCGACUGGUUUGUGCUAGUGCGCGCGUAGAGAUGUUGUUAGGUUGCAGUGUCCCUCUGUAACUUCGAAACUUCCGAAUGAUUCUGAGUUACAGGGAAAUGAAGGCAUGUCGUGUUUAGGAGGCAUGGAAGAAUUUGGGGACCGGACGUUCAGCAUCAUUACCAACAAAAAAAGUAUAACGAGAAGCGAUGCACCCUAGCAUGUCGACAGUCCACGGGUGAUGUACGAGGAGGACAUGAGGAGUACGAUACAUUCAGAAUAGUGAAAUGGCGUCGCAAAAAAGUGUGACCUUGAACAGAAAAAAACGAAAAAAAAACACCGUUAUGUAAUAUCAUUCUUCUCCUCUGCGGUUGACAAAACAUAAUUUUGAUCUCUUUUUGCAGAUAUUAAAGUAGCAAGAACAUCAGGUUACAAAACAGGCCUAUACGAGAUCAUAACAAAAUAUGUAUAAAAAAUUGUAUGGCGUGCAACUCUCAAUGAGAAUUGCUGCAUCUACGCUGGUACAGCUUAAAAAUUAAAAAUAAUCUAAUUUCUAUGUAUGUCAGUGCAGCAAUUUUCAAGCAAAUACCUUGUGAUCACAAUAUGAAAAAAGCAAAUUUUAGGAGGUAC